CAACUCCCGCAACCCUGACGAAGGCAUUUUAUGACCAUCGUUUCAUUUUCCUUCGUGGCUAUGGCGAAUGAUCUGGCCAAUUUAAACUCACCUGUUCUCCUCACAUGACGAUAGCGCCGCUCACUCCUUUUUCAUUUUUUCAUUUUUUUGUUUUUCUUAACAUAAUCUUUCAAAGAUGAUUGAUUAGAAGCGACGGCGUGUCGUAUUAUUGUUGUGGAAGGACGAAGACUUCAGUGGGAUGUCGAGGGCGUGUACCAGAGUUGGAAGCUUUUGAAGUAAUGUAGUUGCUUGGAGACUUGGAGAAGUUGACGAAAACUGGACAGAAGGGAGGAUGGGAGUCAUUAUAGGAGGCAGUGCCAGCGGGCUGCUGCCUGAAGAGCGUUUUUUCGCAGUGAAUUUUCCUGGUUACCCUACUUCGCUACAGAGGGCUACGCAGGCACUUGGUGGAGAAGCGCGCAUUGCGGAGACUCGUUCGGCGGAGGCUAACUAUUUGGAGCUUAAGUUUCGACCAGAGGACCCUUGUGCACAUGCCGCUUUUGGUGAAUUAUCUCAGAGCUCUGAUCUUUUGUUGCGCAUUAGAAGGAAACGUCGUAAUAAUCUGCCUCAAAUUGACGAAGCUAGUGGCAUAAACGUGGAAGAUAAUGCAGAGGAGUUCGAAACAAGGGCAGACAUCGUUGCGAGAAUAGAGCACACAUAUAAUUUUGAUGGCAUGGCGGACUACCAGUAUGUAUUAGCGGUACAUGCGGAUGCUGCCAGAAAGCGUCAGAAACGUCAGCGUGAGAUGCAAGGGCUAGGGAAUUUGAUGGAUGUGGAACAGGAUGAACUUAUGAUGCUCGUACCGCCCCUCUUUUCUAUCAAGGACAUGCCUGAGGAGACUGUAAUGCGCCCGUCAGAUUUCGUCAGCAAAAAGUUGAAAAGGAAGAACAAAACUGAUACAGCACACAUGGAGGCAAAUUCAAUGCCUUGCUUUGCUGUGGACUUCAAGAUCCCAGAAGUUCCAGCAAUAACAAGGUGGGAGGAUGAGCUUGUCAAACAAACCUUGGAGUACAAUCUGACAGCAGCUACCGUACGACUUUUUGAGGAGCGGCCAAUUUGGGCAAAGCUCACUCUCCUUGACCGCCUGGCUGAUUUAGGGGUAGUUAUUACGGAUGCUCAUGUAAAAAGGUUGCUGUUCAGAACAGGAUAUUACUUCGGCUAUGGUCCCUUUCGAACACUAUGGAUUAGGAAUGGAUAUGACCCUCGAAAUGCUCCAGAGUCUCGUAUGUAUCAGAUGAUGGAUUUUCGAAUACCUCGCACUUUAAGAGACGGUAGUAGUGGUCCUGAGCGCUCAAGUGCUAAAGAUAGUGGACCUGCAUGGAGGGAUAUUUGCACUUUUAAAGCAGCACCUUCGAAAAAGUUCUCUUUCGUACAACUGUUUGAUCUACAAGACGAUUUUAUUCAAGAACAAAUACGAAAACCUCCAGAGAGAACCUCUUGUAGUGAGUAUACAGGAUGGUAUCGUCGAUCCACAUUGGAGAGAUUGCGACAUCAUAUUCGAGUCCGCUUCUUGGACCUCAUGCCUGCUGAGCUUGCACGAGAAAUACAAAGCCUACAACGCAUAUCUUCGAAGACUGUUACCUGGAAAGGCGAUGACGAAAUCCCUAACAAUGCUGAAGUACCUCAUCAUAACGAAGUCCCUGCGUCAGAGCCUACUAUCAUUGUAACAGAGCAUGCAGGAGUUGGUAUACAAACGCUUUCUGAACUUAAUUUCACGCCUUUACCUUCUGAAGACCCUUAUCAGGAGGAACCGGUAGCUGAGAUUGAAAGUGAGGCCGAUCUUCCCACAGUUGAAGCUGAAGAAGAUUUAGAGGCAGAGGAUGCUGCAGCUGCUGCUGCUGCUGCAGAGUUACAAGUAGAGGAGGAAGAGGAGGAAGAGUCCGAUGAAGAAGAGGAUGAAGAGGAAGAAGAAGAGGAAGACGAUGAUGACAUUGAAAUGCCUCCAGAGCCUCAGGAUGGAGUCUUAGGGGACGAUAGAUCAGAUAAAAUGCCCGAUGGUUUUCUUCAAGAGCUUCUUAAGAAAUUUCCAUUUGGCCAAGGCUAUGGAGAAGUAGAAGGCCAUGGUGGAGCUGAUGAUGAUGCUGAGUAUGCCAUUUAUGAGGUAGCAGAUGAGGAGGACGAUGACGAUGAGAACUAGUAUCGCAAACUAUUGUCAUUGCAUCAAGAUGUCCUCUUAUCUGCAAUUAGUUUACAAUCAUAAGGGUUCUUUUUAACUACCUAGUUAGUUCUUUUUAUUAUAUCCCAAUUAGUAUGUGAAUGGUUUGUGGCACUUUGGCAUCAUUAUUGGUUCUUUUUCAAGUGAUGGCACCAGACUUAGUACAGGUGAAUCAUCUCGGAGAAAUCAGGUGAUUGCCGAAGCCAACAGGCUAAACUUGUAUUACUCCUUGGAAAUGGUACCGCUUCUGAAUCGUACAGAACUACAAUUUGUGCA